GCGGGAUACUCAACCGAGUCAGCCUCCCCGGCGGCGUCGCGAACCCUCCCGAAACCCCCAGCCCAACGGUCUCUCCCUUCUUCCACCUCCUUCCCGAGGCUCCUCCCCCCGUCUCCACAUAAAUGCCGCGCGUCCGGCCGGCCGACGGCCCGGCACUCAGAAAGCAAGAACACGCAGGGAAACCGAAAGCGCUCGCGAGAAGGAAGAGGGGAGAGAGAGGACGACGACGGCCUGGGACCCGCGGACCGCAUCGCCCGCCGGUAGCUGACGCCAUUCGGCCCCGUGGAUUUUUCAAGCUUUGGUGGUUGGCUUGUCUGUCUGAUCCGCGCUCUGCUGCUUUUCUCCGCCCGCCGCACUGUAUCAAAGCCAUAGUACCUGUUUGGCAGGUCUAGGCAUCUACCCUACUAGUAUAUAUAGACUAGUAAAAUAAUGUAUCCUGCAAACCACUAUAUGGAUCCAUACCACUCACACUACAGAAAUCACAGUCCCUACCCUUACUAUCCUCCUCAUGGAUGGGAAAUUCCAUCCGGUCACCCUCAGCCCAUGGACUCAUCCUAUCGGCCACCAACCUAUGGACCUUGGCCAUACAAUGCUGGUAUGCAUCAUCCGCAUCCUUCCGAGUUCCACUGUUGCUGCAACCGCACGUAUCCUCCUGAUUACUACAGUUUCAGACCCCCAUUACCUCAAGAACUUCCACCCCCUCAUCUAUAUUAUCACGGGCCAUUUCCACAGCAUUCAAACACCUGCCUUUCUUACUUUGUCCCACCACAUCCUUAUCCUGUUGAUCAAAUGCCAUAUGGUUAUGACAAGCUCAAGAGCCAUUGCUGUGGAUGUCCAAACCAUGUGUGCCAUGGGGCAGAUAAGAGCAAUGUGAAAAUCGAGGAAGAAAGGCCUGAUGUCAAGCUUGAGAGUGAGUACAAGGAUGCUGAUGGUGGCAGUAUAAUUCGCCAUCCAAACAACCAAUAUCCGUUCAUAUGGGUGCCGUCUGGCAACAUGGAAGGCAAGGAGAAUGGAAAGCGUUAUGAAUUCUCACCUCAGCUCUUGAAAGAAUGGGCUCCUAUGAGUAGAAAGAUGACAGGGGAUGUCAAGAAACAAAAUCAAGACAAUCAGUUCUUAAAUGGAUGGGCUCCUGUGAGUAGUAAGAAGACAGAGGAUGUCAUGCACCAAGAGGAAGGCAAUCAGAAGGAGAGGCAGUUCCAUUGGCCGAUAGUUUGGAUGCCUGCAGGAUAUGAUGAGCCGAAGCAAAAGGCUAAAGAGCUGAAGAUAGAAGAGUCCCCAAACAAUUCUGAAGAGGCUCCUCAAUCACCCAAGAUCAAGAUCAUUCCCCUGUCAUGGUUUGAGAAUGGUCAUCAUGAUCAGAAGCCAGCUACCAGAGAUGGAUCUGGAGAUCAUGGUGACAGAUCGGCAACUAAGAGCCAACCUGCAGUUACUGAACAUCGAGAUGGCAUGACACUGGAAGGAAGCCCUAAAACCACUCCAGCUGUGCCUAAAAGAGUAAACAAUGAGAGCAAACCUGCAAGGGAAAACUACAAGACCAUUCCAGUCGUGCCGGAGAACAAGAUUGAUGAAAAGAAGGCCAGUACCUACAGAAUCAUUCCGGUCACUAAAGAAAGUGAUGAGAAGAAGACUGGCAUGAGUGAAAAGGAAGAGGCAAAGAAGGCCAGCAAUGGUGACAAGGUAGAAGAAAAUGGGAAAACAAAACAUAGUGAAUCAUCAACAGCUAAGCAUUCAAAAUUGCCACCAGUAUGCUUGCGAGUGGAUCCCUUUCCAAGAAAGAAAUCUGGAAAUGGUUCUUCAAGGUCUCCCAGCCCACCAACCAGGAAGGACGGUGACAAGGCCAAGAAGGACGUGAAGGAGGCAGCCCAAGGCCAGAACAUGGAGCCUAAGCAGUCUGAUACAAGGCAUAUCACUGUGUCUGAGAUUAAAGGAAAAUCACCUAAUGAAAUGGAUAAGGGAAUGCAGUUUAGCAAUAAAACAGUGCAAGCUGCUUCUGUGGAACAUCCAAGGGAGGAAGAAGUUCCCACAAGUAAAGAUGAGCAGAAGGUCCAAGCUGGUAGCACUACCAUUGGCACUCAAGAAAAUGCGGGUGCAAAGAGUUUACAGGGAAGUGCUGUGCAAGAAAAAGAAAACACUGGUGCAGAAAGCUUCAUGGGAUGUGACGAAAGCAAAAAUGAGGAUGAGGCAGUAAUUGAAAGUGAAGCUGCAAAAGAUGAUGCCAAAACAUGCAAAGCCAAUUUAUCAGAACCAGAUGCUGCAGUUUGUAUUCAGUCUGCAUACAGAGGGUAUGAUGUCCGAAGAUGGCAACCUUUGGAUAAGCUCCGGAAGAUCAGGAAUGUGCAUGAACAGAUGCAAGGUGUGAAGAAGCAGCUUCAAUGCCUUGAAGAUUCUUGCAAGAAGCCAACUGAAAAAGAGCAAGUGGCCAUUGGUGAAACUAUUAUGAAUUUACUCUUGAAGCUUGACACAAUCCAGGGCUUGCAUCCAAGUGUAAGGGAGGCUAGGAAGUCUGUUGCUCGAGAACUGGUUUGCUUGCAGGAGAAGCUUGAUACUUUAUGCAAGCAACAAUCUGGGGAGUUUGAUCACACAAACAGUGAUGAAGAGAAAUCAGAGACGACCGAGAACGGUAUCCAAAUUGUAGCUCCUACCAUAACAACUGAAGCUUGCGACAAAGAGGAGAGAGCUGUGGAACUGGGUAAGGUAGAAGAACCAUCUUCAGUGGACACCAUGGAGCCAUACAAUGCAGUUCCAUCUGGAAUUCCCAUGGAGGUAAAGCAAGAUGCGGAUGCCAGUAAGAAGAAUGAAAAAGAGGAGUCAUGUGUCACCACAAUGGAAGAAGCAAAUGAACAAGGAAAAGCUGCAGGACAGUUCGAGUUACAGGUGCCAUCAUCGAUGGAUACGUUAAGUGAUGCAGCUUUGCCAGAACAUCCCACUGACAACCAGGAGCUCAAAAUUGAAGAAUCAAAUGCUGUUUCAGUGGAACAAGUGGAUGAAAAGUCAGAAGUCGAGGGUGAAGGAAAGGAGGCCAUGUUGCAUGAUGCAGCUUCAACAGGGGACUCUAGUGGGCUGAAACAAUGCACAGCUUCAACAGAGCAGAGUCUGCAUGCUAAAUCUGAAUCAAAUACAGGGUUGUCUUAUGAUUCCACUGAGGGCAUUAAUGCCAGUGCUGUGGCAGCAUCGGUAGAAAGUGGAGUCACAAAUGAGAAGGAUGGCCCAGUUAACGGUCAGGACCACGCAACUGCAGCUGUAGAAAACCUGGAGCUGAAACAUGAUGUUUCUCCUGCUGAAGAAGAUCAGCAAAGAGAGUUGAGCGGCCCAGUUGUUCAUUUGGAGGAUUCAUCAAUAUCUUUACAGGAUGAAGAACAACAUGAUCUAAUUCCUGCAGAUGACUCUGUUAUGUCUAAUACAAAAGAUCAAUUAGAGGUAGCCAGGGAUGUCAGCAUGCAGGAACAAGCUGUGGAUACCGUGCAAGAUUCAACGAAAGAACAAGAUGGAAUGCUGGAAGAUUCAACGAAAGAACAAGAUGGAAUGCUGGAAGAUUCAACGAAUAAUAUGGAACUCUCUGCUUCUGGAAAUGCAGAAAAGCCUGAUCAGCCUGCCUUGCUUGAACCAGUUUUGAAGUCUGACUCAGCCUCAGCCCCAGAAGAAACUGUCGUGGGCGAGUCUGAUGACACAGUGCAAUGUGCGGUUUUUGGCAAGGAUAAGCCACCACAUGAGGAUCAGGAAACUGAAGCAACUAUUGACAAGCUAACAGGAGGUUCCACAAAUGAUGGGGAUUCUCUUCCUGGGACCUCUAGGAAGGAGCCUGACAUUCAGGAGAGUCAUCCUAACCUUGCAGAAGAGGCAGACAGUACAAGGGAUGAAAUAGUUUUCCCUGAAUUGGACAGCUGUGAAUUGUCAUGUCCGCAUGAAGGUGGCAUCACAGAGCAUGAGAGAUCUGGGAUGGAGGUGUCAUCAGAGAGCCAAACUGAAGCCCAAAAGGAGCAUGCAGAUCUGGCGGUGUCCAACACAGAAGAAUGCAUUGAGACACUGAAAGAAGCUCCAGUUGACGCAUCGACAGCAAAUUCUGCUGAGGAUGUUGGCGUGCAGGUGUCUGUAACUGAAGAAUGCACUGAGAUGCCAGAAAACUCUGCUGAAGAUGUUGGUGUGCAGGUGUCUGUGACUGAAAAAUGCACCGAGAUACCAGAAGAUGCUCAAGUGGGCGCGUUGGGAGCAAAUUCUGCCGAGGAUGUUGGUGUGCAGGUGUCUGUGGCUGAAAAAUGCACUGAAGGUGCAGUAGGUGCAAAUCUUGCUGAAGACGAAGCUGAUAACCUGAAAGAAGACAUCACCGUACAGAAAGAGAACAAUGCUUCUGAGGAAGCUUUAUCUGCCGGUGCAAGUCCACUCAAUGAUUUGAAGGACAGCGAUGAAAAGAAACUGGCCGAAGAGAACCAGCAGCUGAAAGAACUUCUGCAGAAGCUGCUUGCGUCCGGCAACGAUCAAAUGGGGGUCAUCACAGACCUAAGCGAGAAGGUCAAGGCACUUGAGCACAAGCUGGCACGCAAGAAGAGAUCAAAGGUGAGGGUGCACAGGCCGUCCAGGCAUGUGACGGCCAAAGUCCACUGAAAGGAUGAUCUCUUGAGGUUUGAGAUCGUGGUGUAUGGAUCCCAUGUUACUGCUUGUAUCCAUGUUUGUUUGUGCAGUGUACAUCUGUGUUGCCGCACUCUGCUGUGUGCUGGGAACACAAGGUCUUGUAUGUGCUGUAUUUUGUGUGUAUGUGCAAUGAACCCAAGUUGAUUUAAUGUUUUGUUGUCAAGUGAUUGGGACGAA